AUGUUAAUAUCAGAGGAUAAAGAAGUCGAAAUAUUUGUUGCUAGUAAAAUAGGAUCAUUUAAACAUAUUAAAUACCACACAGACCACACAAAGAACACAAAAAAAUGUAUAGAAAACCUUGUAGAAAUAAAAACUUUGCAGAAAGAUGAUGGAAUCACAUGGAUGGAGUGGGGGAAUAAAGAGCGGACGGAAAUACUCAUUGGAAGGAAAAAUCAACAAGUCCAAGUUUACGACAUCCUAGAAGGUUUUACCAAGUCCUAUACAGCGGACUUCUCGAAUGGUGACAUCGUUGGUCUGGGACGGUACAAACGGAGGCUCAUAGCUGGCCUCUCCAGUGGAGUGGUAAAGAUUUGGAGCAAGAAGUCCGAGGAACUAGUUAAUGUUGGCAAGAUUGACAGGAUGAGGGUCUAUGAGGAUGGUGAUGUUUUUGCUACAGGUGGUGAAGAAAACGACCUAAAAAUAUGGCGUAUUGGUGAACCGACUCCAAUAUUCGUUGCCAAGAACCUCCCCCACGACUGGCUACAGCUGAGGAGGCCAGUAUGGGUCAGUGACCUUUGCUUCCUCAACAAUGAGGGGGGGAAUGUUGUUGCUGUAUGUUCAAGACAUGGAUAUGUUAGGUUAUACGAUACCCGCGCUCAGCGACGCCCCGUGACUAGUGUGGAUUUCGAGAAAAUGGCUGCCACCUGCAUCACUAAUAGUUUUGAUGACCGUCAGGUGUUGGUCGGCUUCGGUCGGGGCCAACUCCACCAAGUAGACCUUCGGAAAGGAAAACCAGAUAAGGGCUUCAAAGGAUCCGCUGGAGCUAUCACAGAUGUUGCCACCGUGGAGGAAGGGAGGCUGGUGGUUAGCACGAGCUUGGAUCGGCAGCUCAGGGUACAUCAGUUUGAGACCAAGGAAUUGGUUUAUAAGCAAUACCUAACAUCCAAGUUAACAUGCGUGCUGGUACAAUCAGACAUUUCAGUUCCACUAAAACACGCAGAGAAAGAGAUAAAAGAAGAAGUGAAAGAUGAGAUCAAGGUGGAAACAGAUGAUGUGGAUGACUUUGAUCAGUUAUUUGAGAAAAUGGAAACAGUCGGGGAAAAGCCAUCAAAGAAGAAACUACCACUGGAAGAAUUACCAGCGAAUAAAAAAAUUAAACCAUCAUCAGAAGGUAGGACAGAUACAGAUUUAGAGGAAAGUUUGACAGACGACGCGAUCAAGAAGCUUUUGAAAAGCACAGAGAAACAGAAGAGGAAGAGGGAACAGAAGAAACGCGAGAAGAAAGCGAAGAGCGUAUUUCAUAAUGCUUAA